UCCCAACCAGACCGAGACCAUGAAGGGAAGCCAUUUCCUCCUCCUUGCCAUAUCCUUCCAAUUUUUUCUGUUGCAGAAGGCAAAAGGCAGUCCAACAGUGGGCCCUGGACAUCUUUUUGAACCAGAUGUCUGCAUGAUGCCACCUGCGAUUGGAAGAUGUCAUGCUUUAAAGCCCAGAUUCUUCUUCAACCAGUCAUCGAUGUCCUGCGACUUAUUUACCUACGGUGGCUGCGGUGGAAAUGGUAACAACUUCAUGACUAAAAGGGACUGCGAGCACACCUGCAACGUGACAGAGCUCUGCGCCCUGGCACCUAAAGUGGGGAUGUGCUAUGCUCUCAUGCACAGAUACUUCUACAACCAGUCAUCAAAAGCGUGCGAGGUAUUUAUGUACGGUGGCUGCAGAGGAAAUGUAAAUAAUUUUCAAGAAAAGGAGCAAUGUGAGGAUUCCUGCGGUGAGCUGGCAUUUUGCAAACUGAAACCUGACAGAGGGCCCUGCAGGGCAGAUUUUGUACGAUACUUUUACAACACAUCAACAAAGAUGUGCGAGCAGUUCAAGUAUGGCGGUUGUCUGGGAAACACCAACAACUUUAUGGAUCCAAUGGAAUGUCAUUUCAAAUGCGGCGACAAAGGGGAAUGCCUGUUGCCCAUUCAAAUAGGAAAGUGCAGAGGUGCCAUACCGAAAUGGAGAUUUGAUAAAACGAUGAGAACAUGUGUCGAAUUCACGUACUCGGGAUGCGAUGGAAAUAAGAACAACUUUGAUUCAGAAAUGGAAUGUAAAAAGCACUGCCCGGUUCCAGAGGCGAGAGGUUCCAUGCCGAAACACGUUCCAAUAAUAUUCAAGUGAAUUACCACAUCAACUCCCCUAAUCGAAUUAUAGACCGUGUGCUGCAGAACAGAAGACCAGAAGAAAAUGCGAUGAUUAAAGGAUUGAGAUUGGAAAAAAUCAACCAGUUAAAUAAAUCAUUAAAUAUGACUAUAAGGCUCAUUCACACUUGAGUAUGAAAAAGCUGUCUUUCAAAGUAAAAUAAAGAGCCUUAAU